CCCGUUUAUUCACAACUGGCAUGUCCUUUUUUUAUCAGGAGCAAGUUCCUGUGUGAAGCUGAAUCUCUUUGAAGAAGCCAUUAACUGGUGUGAUCAGGGAUUAGCAGUAUCCUUAGACACAAAACAAAUAUAAGAAUUUGUGUAAGCUGCAAAAAAAUAUACAUCAUAUCAAACUUUGUCUUCGAAUUUUGGUUAGAAAAUAGAAGACAGAGCACAGCAACCUUUCAGGCUAAAUUAAGCUGUUGCCAGUAUUAUAGACAUCAAUGCCUUAACGUAAGAAAGAACGACCCUGGGAAUGAGAAAUUGUUGAAAACAAGAAAAAUGUGUACGAAUGCGAAGGCCACAUGUGGUGAUGAAGCUGAGAAACAAAAAGAAGAAAGAGCCAGGGAAGGAAUGGCCUACGCCAUCAUGGGCAAUGAUUGUCUCUCUCGUGGAGAUUUGAAAGGAGCAGUAGAGUACCAUCAGCAGUAUCUUACUAUCACCCAAGAAAUCGGAGACAGGCUUGGAGAAGGGCGCGCUUGUCGCAGCCUUGGUGACCGGUACUACUCCCUUAGAGAUUUUAACAAAGCAGUAGAGUACCAUCAGAAGUACCUCGCUAUAAGCAAAGACAUCGAAGAUAGGCUUAGUGAAGGGCGCGCUUGUAACAGCCUUGGUCUCGCGUAUUACGCCCUUAAGCGUUUUACCAAAGCCACAGAGUAUUUUCAGCGGUAUCUCAGUUUUACCAAAGAAAAGGGUGACAAAGCUGCGGAGGGUCGUACUUAUGACAGCCUUGGCAAUGCUUAUUUCUUUCUUAGUGAUUUCCAAAAAGCCAUAGAUUCCUACCAGCAGCGUCUUAGCAUCGCCACAGAGGUGGGAGACAAAAAUGGGGAAGGACGCGCUUAUAGCAGCCUAGGCAGAGCGUAUUUCUCUCUCAGUAAUUUUGAAAAAGCUGCAGAGUACCACAAACUGUAUCUUAGUUUCACUAAAGAUGCUGGAGACAAGGCUGCAGAGUGCGGUGCGUGUGUCAGCCUGGGAAAUGACUAUCUAUCUCUCGGUGAUUUCCAAAAAGCCACAGAUUUCUACCAACUGGGUCUCAGCAUUGCCAAAGAAGUGGGAGACAAAGCUCGCGAAGGACGCGCUUAUGGAAGCCUUGGCAAUGCGUGUCUUCGUCGCGGUGAUUUCAAAAAAGCCAAGGACUACUACCAGCUAGAUCUUAAAAUUGCCGAAGAUAUUGGAGACAGAGCCGGAGAAGGACGAGCACAUUGCAAUCUCGGUAGUGCAUACUUCUCUCUCGGUAGUUUCAACGACGCCAUAACGUCUUACAAGUUAAGUCUUAAUAUUGCCACAGAACUCGGAGACAGAGCUUCAGAAGGACGAGUUUAUGGAAAUCUUGGCAAUGUGUAUGACUCUCAAGGUCUUGUGGACAAAGCUCUAGAGUGCCAUCAACUACGUCUAAGUGUUGCCAAAGAAUUGGGAGACCGUGUUGGAGAAGCAAGCGCCUAUCUAAGUCUUGGCAACGCUUAUCACUCUCUCGGUGAUUUCAGCAAAGCCAUUGAUCACCAUAACCUGAGUCUUGGUAUUGCCAAAGAAAUUGGAGACAGGCUUGGAGAAGGAAAUGCCUUUGCAAAUCUUGGCAGUGCUUAUAGGUCAACCGGAAAAUUUCAGUUAGCCAAAAACUACCACAAGCUAGAACUUAAAACAGCCAAAGAAUUGGGUGACAAAGCCGGAGAGGGACGUGCCUAUGGAAAUCUUGGUAUUGAUUAUCGCCUGCUCGGCAAUUUCAACAAAGCAAUGAAAAACCACGAGAAAUCUCUCCGUUUAGCCGAGGAAGUGGGGAACAGGGUAGGCGAAGGAAGCUGUUACGGCAAUCUUGGCAAUGUCUACUUCUCACUCGGCAAUUUUGAAAAAGCUAAAGAAAAUAUCGAAAAGCGUCUUAAAAAAGCCGAAGAACUGGGAGACAAGGCUGGAAAAGGAAACGCUCUUGGCAAUCUUGCCAGUUGUUAUCUGUCUCUCGGUGAUUUCGAAAAAGCCUCGGAUUUCUACCAACUGCGUCUUAAUAUUGCCAAAGAGAUUGGAGACAGGGCAGGGGAAGCACGCGCUUAUGGAAAUCUUGGCAACGUUUGUGACUCUCUAGGGAAAAGAGAAAAAGCCAUAGAAUACCACAAGAUCUGUCUUGGAAUUGCCAAAGAUAUCGGAGACAAAGAUGUGGAAGGCAAUUGUUAUUGCAAUCUUGGCGUUGUUUACCUCUCUCUCGGUGAUUUCCAAAAAUCCAUAGAGUACCACGAACAACAUCUUGGUAUUGCCAAAGAAUCGGGGGACACAGUGGGACAGGGACGCGCUUAUGGCAAUCUUGGCGAAGCUUAUCACUCCCUGGGUGAUUUGUGUGGAUCCGAAGAUUUUUAUAAACUAUCUGUGGAACAGUAUGAUGCCGUAAGGAAUCUUCUUCAGCCCAAUGAUGAUGAAUGGAAAAUUAGCCUACGUCAUCAAAAUGAUGAAGUGUACAUUGCGUUAGUGACAGUUUUGUUAAAGCAAAAAAAGAUUACUGAAGCCCUUCUCACGGCUGAGCGAGGUCGCGCACAUGCCCUGAUGGACCUGAUGAUGUCCCAGUAUGGUGUUCAGUUUACCCUUCCUCAGCCAAGUGUCAAACAAAGCGACGUUGUGAAAACUAUAAGUAGCAUUACGACCCAAACGGUUUUCAUAGCCGCUGGUGCAAGAGAACUCAACUUCUGGGUGCUGCAAAAAGAAGGGCCUGUACUCUUUCGACGAAAGGAAAUUAGCAACGCAUAUUUAAAGGAAGAUGUGUUCAAAUCUCUUCAUUCUUUGACAAAAAAUGCUUAUGACGAAAUUCGGGUUAAUCGUAAUGUUCAGUGCGAGAAUCGUGCCCUGGAGGAGCCAACAGUUAAGGAUCUGGUCCAGAAGAGGUGUGAAGAAGACGGAAAGAUUUCACACAGCAAAAGCAGUCCCUUACAAAACCUUUAUGAACUGAUCAUUAAUCCAAUUUCGGAUUUAAUUGAAGGUUCUGAGCUGAUCAUUGUUCCCGAUGGACCGAUUCUCUUGGCUCCUUUCUCUGCAUUUCGUGAUCACUGUUCGAAGUUCUUGUGCGAAUCCUUCACAGUAAGGCUGAUUCCUUCGCUGUCCAUUUUGAAACUGAUGGCAGAAUCCUCCGAACGUUACUGUAGUGACGGCAAGGUACUACUCGUUGGAGAUCCUUGGGUAGCUGAAAUUAAAAGGAAAGGAAAAAGACGCUUGGAGCAACUUGAAUUCGCCAAGAAGGAAGUACAAAUGAUUGGAAAGAUUCUAAAUGUCACUCCUCUUGUUGGCAAAGAAGCAACAAAAGCGGAAGUGAUGGGACGGCUCGCCUCGGCUCCCUUGAUUACAUAUUGCAGCACAUGGAAGCAUGGAGACUGGUGAAAUCGCUUUGUCACCAAACCCUCCAAGUUCCGAAAGACCCUACAACGCUCCAAAGAAAGAAGACUACAUGCUAACAAUGGAAGAUGUGCUGAAUAUGCAGCUUCACGCUCGGCUGGUUGUGCUGAGUUGCUGCCACAGUGCUCACGGAGAUAUUAAGGCUGAAGGCGUGGUGGGCAUAGCCCGGGCUUUUCUUGGUGCUGGUGCGCGGUCUGUGCUGGUUUCACUGUGGGCGAUUGACGACGAAGCUACACUGGAGUUCAUGAGUUGUUUUUACCAGCAUUUGCUGGAAGGAAAGAGAGCCAGUGAAGCCAUCAACCUGGCCAGGAAAUGCCUCAGAGAAUCCGAACGCUUCAGUGACGUCAAGCACUGGGCUCCAUUUAUGCUUGUUGGCGAUGACGUAACCUUGGACCUCGGUGAAAAGGAAUAAACGUCUUUACGCUAUGACGAAGACUUUUUCCACUAAACCAAAACGACUGUUGCUUCAGUUCUGACGUACUGGUUUCGAAUACCGUACCAUGUUUUUAUCACGGACUGACUUAGCGCUUUCCACUAUAUGAUCUUUAGUAUAGAACUGUAGGAUAAUUCCAUUUCUAGAUCGAAAGAGAGGAAAACAGUGUACAACCGGCCGCGACCGGCCACCAAGUAGUGCAAAGGCCAUGAGAACGAGGUUGAACAUUGUAAAUAGGCUUUAAAACGAAGACGUUUGCUUUUCAAGAAUGUUUAGGAAAUAUGUAAUGAUAUUUUUUCGACUAAUCAUUUGUCAAUCUGUCUUCAUUUUAAGAAUUUGUUAGGCCCUGCCACACAUAUCAGUUUUUGUUUCAAAACGGAGACUUUUUUUUCCUCCGUUUCAAAAAAUAUCUGCGUCCACAUGUUGCGUUUCUGAAUCGUUUUGCCCGUCCGAAAACGCAACAAUGACUGAAAAUGGCUGAAAAUGGUACCAUCUUUUGAUGAGAGCAUACGCACUCACUGGUGACCUCAUUAUGGUAUCCUUGCCCUCGAUGUAUGGUCUACGUUCUUCCGUAAAUUUGCAGACAGAGCCUUGACUCAUUCUAAAAUUCUUCCUCCACUCCUCCUGUGUGACUACUUGGUCAACAAAGUUGUCUCACCAAGCACUCGUACGUCCUAGACGAACCCAAAAUCUUCGAACCCUUGCUUGUCGACCUCUAUUCAAUCGUUUGACGCCUCCUGUUGUUUUAAAACGGCAAUGAAAGAAAAUUAUGUUGCGUCGUCUUCUUGCAUAAUCGCCUUGCACAUCUAACAUCGCAAAAUGUGACUGAAACCUUGCCAUGAUACUUGCAAGAAGCCCAAGUAGGCAGUGAAAGAGUAGCAAUGCCUCUCUCCACCAUGUUGACUUUGUGUCAUCGCGUGCUCGGGCUAGGCUGGAUCCAACACCGUGACGUAAUCGUUUUCAAAAACCUCCGUUUUCAUACGUCCAUACGAGUACAGCAAAAUGGCGUUUUUUGAAAAUCUCCACUCUGAAGAGCGUUUUUGAAAGGAUGUUUUUGGUGACCGUUUUCGCCGGAUACGUUUGGACGAAAGGCCCGACCGAAGAAAAAAAUAUCCUCGUUUCCAAACAAAAACGGACACGAGUGGACGGGGCCCUAGUGUUUCUGGUAAAUAGCAUGGAGCACUUAGUCAUGUUUGUGUAUAAAAUUUGUUAGGGUAGGCUCCAUUUCCACGUAAGGAGCGCUGGCUUCUUCCC